GACUACGCCUGGCGGCUCAACUACAUCGUCCUCACCGGCCUCUCGUGCAUUUUCCUGGGCUCGCUCUUCGCGCUGCCCGAGUCGCCGCGCUGGCUGAUCGAGCGCGGACGCGAGGACGAGGCGCGCGCCAUCCUCGAGAAGCUGCACCGCAACCCGGCCGACCCGUCCGACAACUCGCUGGCCAAGGGCGAGUUCGUGCAGAUCCGCGCGCAGAUCUCGGCCGAGCGCAGCCUGCCCAGCAGCUACUGGUACAUCCUGACGACCCCGAGCAUGCUGAAGCGUGCCGUGUGCACGCUGCUCGUGUGGACCAUGGGCCAGAGUACCGGUAUUACUGUCAUCGCCAACCUGAUUGCCACCCUCAUGGGCAACCUCGGCUUCGACACCGUGAUGCAGCUCGGUCUCGGCGUUGCGUGGGACGCGUGCGUCCUGGUCGGCUGCUUCAUCAACGUGGUUCUGAUGGACCGGCUGGGCCGCGUCAACCUGCUCGUCAUCGGCGGCCUGGGCAGCGUCGUGCUCCUGAUCAUCGAGGGCGUCCUCCAGAAGUACUACCUGGACACCACCUACACGGCCGGCCUCAACGCGGCCGUCGCCAUGUACUUCAUCUUCGGCGUGUGGUUCACGAGCACCAUCGAGUGCACGGGCUACGUCUACGGCGCCGAGAUCUGGCCCACCCACCUCCGCAGCAAGGGCGCCACACUCAAUUACAUCGGCUUCUUCGGCCCCGCCCUCGCCUACACCUACCCGGCCACCACCGCUUUCACGACUAUUGGCUGGAAGUACUACAUGGUGUUUGUCGCCAUCACCGUGCCGUGCUGUGUUGCCAUUUACUUCCUGUUGCCUGAGACCACUGGCCUUACUCUUGAGGAGAUCGGCCCGCUCUUCGGCGACGACGUGCAGGUCAAGUUCGAGGACGCGCUGCACGCUGAUCUCGGCGACUCGUCGACCACGCAGUCCGUGUCGGUGCAUGCCGACGAGAAGGACUCUUAA